AUGCGCGGUGUGAAGUCCGAAGGUUAUGCCGUGGCAUAUGAGUUUCCCUGGUUCCCCUUUCUGCAUAACCUGCGUUAUGCAGAGGAGGCAAAGAAGGCCGUUGCUGCGGCCAUCCUCCAAGCAUUGCCAGAAGGCGGGUUCCGCGGGCAGGCGACCAUCUGGUGGCCAGAGCUUCAGCAGAGUGGCCCGUAUGAGCUUUUCCACGAACGUCUGCCGCAUCCAGACUUUCCCGCAUCGGCGGCGCCCGUGCCUUUCUUGCCGCCUGAGCGCUUCUUCUGUACCACCGGGAGGUUGGGCAACAAAGACUUCUGCCGCUGGGCGAAUUCUUGUGACCUCCGUCGCCCAUUCGUGGAGAAGUUCGCUGGGGCGGAAGAAGCUGUGGAGCAGUUCCGGGGCGAAUUGAUGGACGUGUUAUCACCCAUUUGCAUGAUGACGGUGAAGGACUGGGAAGAAGUUCCGAUUCCGACGGAUGUUUCACGCACACGUCGCUGCACCCGAGCUGCACGCGACUUCCUCACGGAGGCAGGGCUCAGGCACGGGGUGGUUGUGGAGGAGGAGAAGUUCCAACGCCUGAUCCAACAGCUCAGCGCUGGAGGGGGUGCAAGAUCGAGCCCCAUAGUCCUUCGGCAUCCUUUGGCACCACAGGAGCUCCGGUGGCAUCUGGGCGAAGAGGCCUUGAGCGCUGCCCGCCUGGUGACCUUCGCCUCCUGGCUGCGAGGAGACUCUCCGUUGGCCUUCCGCUUGCGUGGCCUGGCAGGGUCGGUUCGUUCGACCGACCGCGGCGAACAUCUCUUGGGUGUCGAGCCCAUUGAUUUGCAGUGGCACGCGCCGGGCGAGGUCUUCUUGGAUCGGCUCUCGCGCGUCAUCAGCUCGGUGGAGACCCGCGCGUCGCAGCCGCUGGGACGUGCGCUGGAACGGGGGCUAUUGGAGGGUGAUUUGCCACCCAACAAGAAGCAGCAGCUUGGUCACAAAUGCUUCGUUGCGUUUCUUCGUGGACGCCAUGAGCAAGCCUUGGGCGUCUCGACUUUGUCCCCCGCCGCGGCGCCGGACACCUCGCGGCGAUACGGACGCGCUCGCACGAGCGCCAAGCUGGCUGCGUCAACCCGGAACGAUGUGGUGGUGAACAUGGAUUUGGUGAAGCGACUUCAGCAAGGGCUUUUGUCUGUGGAGCGCUACGAGGAAGUCUUGAAGACUCAGUUUGGGCUUUGGGGUCAACGUGGGGACCGCGCUGGUGCCACUCGUGCCGCCAUGGGAAGUGGUGCCAGCAUGCAGAAAGCUGGAUGCCGCAGUCCUUCGAAACAAGGACACGAGAUCUUCCAAAAGUGCGACGAAUCGCAUGAAUUGGAUCUCUCCACCUCGACGAUGCUUCCGGCCGCGGCCCCGCGCGUCACGCAUGGAGUGCGGGAGCAGCGCGCAGCUCUUCCUGGUGGGGGCCGAGGGGUUAACUUCUCUUGUGGGUUGAGAAGUUCUUCAAGAUGCCACGUUUUGCUUAAAGGAAGCUUCAGUAUAUUGGGAUCAUAUUAUUGUGUGUUUCAUGUCCCGUCCUUUCAAAAUGGGUGGUCGGGGUGGUUUCCACCCAUGCAGGUGGACUGUGGAUCCGAAACAACUGUUUUGCCAAGCCGAUGUUGGCAAGAUCAACCACGGAACCUCGAAUUGAUGGGGUAACCGCUGAGUUCGCGUUUGCUUGUUUGAUGAACUUUGGAAUGCACUCGCGAUUUGGUCUUCCACGGUUUGCCCCUUUGCCUUUUUCCCCUGCUUCAAUCAGUUGAAAUCUGUUCUAGAAAGAUGUUUCAAUGACAUGAUCUUGGCACCUUUCCGCUGAUGUUGCGGGCGACGCCGGAAGCCAACAUGUCAUUC